AAUAACAUAGAGUAGAACAGAGACAGGAAAUAGAGGGUCUUGGGGUAAUGAGUUCCAGCCACACUCGAAUCAGAGAGCUCGGGAAGGCAUUACUUGAGAAUAGUUUCUCUAUGACUGCCUGGCAAUUUUUAGCUUGUUAUUUUACCAUUAAAAGAGAACACUCUUGCUGCAGAUUUCAACUGUGCUACAGAAGCUCCCCCCACUUCCAGAGACCAUCUGGCAUUAUGCAUCUCUUGAAGCCUUUUGAAUGAUAUUACUGCCUGUUGAUGACUGAUCUCUACUUUUUGAAAAAGAAAAAACCAGAUGCUUUGAGCUAGGGAGGUGAGGGAAGGCAGUCUGAAGUUUAUACAGUUGUAGUAUAUACACCCAGUGGAAGCGUGUAGAAUAAGCCUGCGGGACAAUUUUCAUAUGCAACUAUUCAGCUUGCUGGAAGAAGGGAAAGACAAGAUGAGAGCAAGAAUGAUUGUGGUUCUCCAGAACGAAGCUGUGAUUGCUCCGAACCCAGGGAAAUACAAUUGCUGAAAUGGGACCAAAGCAUGGAUAGUGAGAUUGAUAUUUACAAACACUUCACGUGGCUAAAGAGGUCCCAGGUGAGUCACCAUACUUCUGCCAGUAAUGAAACUUAUCAAGAACGCCUGACGAGAUUAGAAGGUGAUAAAGAAUCUCUCAUAUUACAGGUGAGUGUCCUCACAGAUCAAGUGGAAGCCCAAGGAGAAAAAAUCAGAGACCUAGAAGUUUGCCUUGAAGGGCACCAGCUGAAGCUUAAUGCUACUGAAGAAAUGCUUCAACAGGAACUGCUAAGUCGGACGCAGCUUGAGACACAGAAAUUGGAUCUAAUGGCAGAGGUGUCAGACCUCAAGAUUAAGCUGGUUGGAAUGGAGAAGGAACAGAGCGAGUAUGAGGAGAAGCAGAACAAAGCUGAGAAUUUGUUACAAGAACUGAAACAUCUAAAAAUUAAAGUUGAAGAGCUGGAAAAUGAAAGGACUCAGUAUGAAUGGAAAUUGAAAGCAACUAAAGCUGAAAUAGCACAACUUCAGGAACAAUUAGCACUAAAAGACUCAGAAAUUGAACGACUACAGAGUCAAAUCUCGAGGACAUCAUCAAAUAAUGAAAUUGCAGAAAGAGAGGAAGUGUAUAGGAGAAGGCUAAAAGAAAAACAUCAAGAGGUACAACGUUUGAAAGUGGGAAUGGAAUCAUUACUAGCUGCAAAUGAAGAAAAGGAUCGUCGGAUAGAAGAGUUAACUGUUUUGCUGAGCCAGUACCGAAGGGUGAAAGAGAUCAUGAUAGCAGUACAAGGAACAUCGGAAAGAGUUUUAUCUGUUAGCAGUGAUGAUGAUCUUGAGGCAACUUUAAGAAAAUGGAGUCCAAUUAAUAAGGCGCAAAUGGAAAACUUUAAACCAGAGGUAUUUCCAUGGGAAAUGACCCCAUCUACACUGUUUCCACCACCACAGAAAGUACUGGAAAUCAGUGGAAGCUCUCCAGUUUCUGAAAAUAAAUUUUCAACAAAUGGAGAAAGCCUGGAAUUCCAAAAUAGGGUGCCACAUAAAAAAAUAUCAAGUAGUCUAGAAGACUUGCAAAGUGAAUCCUUGGAAAAGCAUGUAGAUGUGAAACCAAUAGAACGUGAUGUAGAGAAAGAGAAUAAGCCACAGGUGAAAGGCAACAAGUACCAAACUUUGCCGGGGAAACUAUUUCGACAAGCACACAAUGGUGAUAAUGGGCUAUGCAACACACCUGGUUCCCCCAAUACAUGUCGUGUGAAUGGGAAUGAGGACAAUGGCAUGCAGAGCCUGAAUCGCAUCAGGAGUGUCAGUGCACCAGUCUUAGGAGACUCUGACAAUAUGGAUGGAACGAUGACUUCAGAAGACCUUUCCCCCUUGUCAUCUGGAACAGAAUCUGGUGCACAGUCUCCAUUAACCCCGGAAAAUAAAAGAAGCCCAAAGGGAAUAAAGAAAAUAUGGGGAAAAAUACGCAGGACUCAGUCUGGCAAUUUUCCUGGAGAUGACCUAGGCUUGGCUGAAUUUCGAAGAGGUGGCCUCCGGGCAACAGCUGGACCUCGACUGUCUCGAUCAAAGGACACCAAGGGGCAGAAGAAUGAUCAUAAUGCUCCGUUCUCCCAAUGGGGCACUGAACGUGUGUGUAGCUGGCUUGAGGACUAUGGUCUUGGUCAGUAUGUCAUUUUUGCACGGCAGUGGGUCGCAUCUGGCCACACACUUUUAACAGCAACACCUCAGGACAUGGAAAAGGAACUAGGAAUAAAGCAUCCUUUACACAGGAAGAAAUUGGUUCUAGCAGUUAAAGCUAUAAAUACAAAACAAGAUGAUAAGUCUGCACAGCUAGAUCACAUCUGGGUGACCCGAUGGCUUGAUGAUAUUGGCUUACCUCAAUACAAAGAUCAGUUUUAUGAAUCAAGAGUUGAUGGCAGAAUGCUACAAUACCUCACUGUGAACGACCUUCUCUUUCUCAAAGUCACAAGCCAGCUUCAUCAUCUCAGUAUUAAGUGUGCCAUUCAUGUGCUGCACGUGAACAAUUUCAACCCUCACUGCCUGCGUAGGAGGCCAGCUGAUGAGAAUAACAUUUCCCCCUCUGAGGUGGUUCAAUGGUCCAAUCACAGAGUGAUGGAAUGGCUCAGAUCAGUAGACUUAGCGGAAUAUGCACCAAACCUUCGAGGAAGUGGAGUUCACGGUGGUCUCAUUAUCCUUGAACCUCGUUUUAAUGGUGAUACACUGGCAAUGCUUCUCAACAUUCCUCCUCAAAAGACGCUACUGAGACGUCACUUAACAACAAACUUCAACCUGCUCAUUGGAAUAGAGGCACAGCAAGAAAAAAGGGAAAUUGUGGAAUCUACAUCCUAUACGCCUCUGACUACCACUGCUAAAGUGCGGCCAAAGAAACUUGGAUUUUCACAUUUUGGACACUUGAGGAAAAAGAAAUUUGAUGAAUCAACCGAUUACAUUUGUCCCAUUGAUACAUGUGUCAAUGUGACCAAUGGCACCCAGAAGAUCUACAGCGCAUACAAAGUGCACAAUGUCCUUCCUGACAAAGAAUUAGACAAGCUGGAUCAGAUGGAACAUUCAGAAGGAACUGUAAUGCAAAUAGGGGAACUCUCCCAAGGAAUUAACAACCUCACGACUAUGUUAAGCCAAGAUCAAAUGUUGAAUGAUGAUAGAUUUUUGACACCAGCUCUUGAGGACUGGAGAUGAAGACUCAAUGAGAACAAUACCGCCAAUCCCUUGGUUGUCUUAAGAUAUGGCUAGGGCAGGAUGGGUGCUACAUUAAACAAUCUGCUGCUGUUUUUCCACUGAGAUAAUUAAGUGCUAUUUUGAAAACAUAAAUUGGGGCAAAAUCCUUACAGCCUAAUAACACACAGAAAACCUAUGCAAUAUUUUUAGAGAUGGAAAAAUUGAGAUGUAAAUACAUACUUCUAUAUAGGGUAAGCCACUUCCUUGUCAGUGAUGUUUUUGUUUUCUGUACAUUUAAGAUUUCUUUAUGUCCCAAAUUAUUGGAUUUGCGUUAUUUUCUAAUGUGUUCCUGCUCUGAAAGUAUUAAUACAACUGAUGCAAUGAUUUAUUGUUGAUAUAGUGUAUCAAAAUUGAUUUCUUCCCAAGAUAAGUGUGCUAAUUGUUUACUUUGACUACUGAUCCUAAAGCUGGGACAAUGACCCAGUAUUUGAAGAACCAUCUAUCUGUGCAAUCUUCCUACCAUCCUUUGAUCUUGCCAUGUUUUGAGCAAUGCAUGCAAUUAAUCUACAAUAAGAAAACCUUAACAGUGCUAAGAAAAAGAAAAGAUCUUCAUGUUUCUGUAGCCAACAUAUUCUGUAUUGAAUAAUCUAGUAUAGGAAAGGAAAUCCUAUGGAGUUCCCAUAUGAAGUACCCAGAGACCACAUGGACAUUCCUCAGGUUCCUAAAUCAAGAACAAAAAACCGUGCCUCCAGAAGCAUCCAGUGUACAUGUGGAAGGGGAGUAUAGCCUAAAAUAACUUUGCAUACAAUACAUGAACAUACAAACUGCUUCAGGUAAACAUCAGUUUUCUGAAAACUAGAAGUGACUUUAUGGUCAUCUCUAGCUUCACCAGAAGGUGAAAAUGUGGUCCCUCAUGGCUGCCCAUCCAGAUCUAGAAGAUACACCCCAUAUAAAGCCAUAGCUACAAUAUGCUUCAUAAACUCGUAUUACUAUAUAAUAAUUGGGUGUGCCAUAGUUGCAGCUGGAAGGGGCUGCAGCCAAGAACAGAUGAGUUGGGCAGAAGAUGCAUCAUAUUUAUGUCUCCUGACCCAGAAUCCCAGGCAUUAAUGAGAACAUAAAAGAGAGAUGACCAUAAAGAGAACUAGAAUCUGAUUUAUUUCCUCUUUUUUCAGCAAUCCCAUGUGUAUUUGACAAAAGAAGGACAGUUUUUGUUAAGAGCUUUGGAUUCAAGGAGAAGUUACAGCAUCAUAAAAAAGUACAUCACAUAAACCCUAGAAAGAUUUGAUGCAUAAGCACAAGAAACAGUCCUUUUAAUCACAGUUUCAUAAGCCAUGAAACACUACAUUUACAAUGUUUACAGUUUUUUUCUGAUAAUGAUAUCAAGGGUCAAUAUAAAAAGGCAAUGACUUGCCAUCCAGCAAAAUAUAUUGCUUUGCCUGUAACACCACAUUUAAAAUUACUUCUGCUCAACCAAGUAAGAUUAGUCUCCAGCAGAGUUGGUGGGCACUAGGAUAUGAACAUACUAGGGGAAGGUUUGUCCUAUGUUGCAUCAAUGUCCUCCACUUCCUUUUCUAUAACACUGAUGCUCUCUUCCGUUUCACCAGACAAAGCUGCUUUAUAUCUGAAUCUUACUGUUACUUCUUAAAGAAGAUCUUCCAGAUCAAUACGAUUUACAAAUAUGUUGACUCAUCAUUUAUGCAAUUGAUUCAUGCCUAUGUUUCCUCUUUCAAAAGGGAUGGCUGCAGGUUUUUCUGAACUAAUUUACAUAGCAAAUAUUAGCAACUCAAAUAUGGACAUUUUGUAUCUUCUGUAAUCUUCGAUGAUUUUCCCUUCAAAGCCUCUAGCUUGGUAAUUCAAAAUUUGUUAGACAAGGGAACCCUCUGCUGGUGAUACAAAUGUUUGCUCUCACAAAACAUUCCAGGGAUUACUUUCUACGAAAAAGACCAUCCUGAGUUAUCUUCUCAACUUUCAGUGAAGAGAAUUAAUUUAUCAUUGUGUGGAACAAUAAAUCCAGCCCAUCUUUUAGAAUUAAGUAACAAGCCUUUCAUUAUUUAAAUAAAAGAAACAUGUGAAAAUCA